AUGAGAUCCUAAAAUCCAAAUGAAUUUGCACCCAGCUAAUAUCAAUCUUUUGCUCUAUAAUAGCCUCGUUAGAUGAAUAGACCCCAUCAACAUUAGCAUUCAUAACAUAGCAUUCAGCAAUAGCAACAAUACAUUCACUAAAGUAUAAUAUCUGAAGUGAUAAUCACCUCGGAUGUUCUUAGAUCAUGUCUAUUCCAUUCUUAUCUCACGCAGUCUGAGGAAGUUGCAGGACUUCUCCUAGGAUUCAAGGAAUUCGAUCAGAACGGUCGCCAGACUGUAUAUUGCUUUGCAAGCAUUGCAUAGUAGAGAAUGAUUAAGGAAAAAGAUCGAGUUGAAAUCGAUGCUAUACAGAUGUAUGAAGCAUCCAUUGAGGCUGAAGCUUUGUCAAAGGAGAAUGAUUUCUCAGCAAAAGUCGUAGGAUGGUAUCAUUCUCAUCCAAAUAUCACUGUAUUCCCAUCCUAAGUUGAUAUCAAUACUUAAUUCAACUCUUAGCUUGGAGGAAAUGAUAGCUUUAUUGGUUUAAUCUUCUCAGUGUUCAUCACAAAUAAUCAAAAUAAUAUAUCAAAGACUGAGAUCAUCGCAUUUCAAUCUUAUGAAGACCCAAAUGACCCAGGCAUUAAGAAAGCCUGCACAAUUCCAGUUAAAAUCUUAGAUCAUAAUGACUUCAUUCUCCUCUAUGGCCAAGUCAAAAAGCACGAUUUCUUUUACAAUGUAUAGCAUAUCUAGAAAAUACUGCUUCAGGAAUAGGAUCAGGAUUAUAAAUUAGCACAGAAGAAUCUGCAAGACAAGAAUUUAUAAAAGCUUACUAAUGCCUCUUCCAAUAUAGGAGGAUACUGCAAGAUACUUGAAAAUCUCAGCAAUCCAACAGAUAUUACUCUGUCCUCAUAACAUGGAACUAGAAAUCAUAAAAAGAAAAACAUUGUUAGGGUUGAUUAAAAAUCCCACUACACCUGGAGGUCCUCCGACACCGGGUGA